GCCGUUUGGGGGGUGACCUGCGCGCACCCGAAAGCGUCGCGCAAACAGGAGACUUUGUUUUCACCCAAACCUCGGGCGACCGCCGCUGAAACCACCAUCGCCGCGGCACUUUUCUCCCCUCCCAUCCCCCCUUUCGAUCCCCCCAUGAUUUCCUCUCCAAUGCAAUAAAGAAAGAAGACGCAACAGCGAAAGCGACUGGUGCGAAUCUGAGGUGAAUGGCGUCGUCGUUUCGACCGCUGAUGUCGAGGGAGGGGGGGCGGUCGUACCCCCGCGUCUUCCUCAGCCGGAAGUCCUCCUCGCCCUACGCUCUCGCCCUGAUGAUGCUUCUCGUGCUCUCCGUUGUCCUUCUUCUCCUCCUUGCCCUCGGCAUCUUCUCCCUCCCCGUCCGCUCCGACUCCGCCCCGAAGUCCCAGGCCGACCCUCGCCUCCGCUCCAGGUCCCUCCGCGACGUGGAGGGUUUGGGGCAGCUGGGGCACCAGUGGACGGAGGUAAUCUCGUGGGAGCCACGAGCAUUCGUCUACCACAACUUUUUGUCUAAGGAAGAGUGUGAAUAUCUUAUUGAGCUGGCGAGACCCCAUAUGCAGAAGUCAACAGUUGCUGAUAGCACUACUGGUCAGAGUAAAGACAGCAGGGUUCGUACAAGCACAGGCAUGUUUCUCCAUAGGGGACAAGAUAAGAUAAUCAGGGCCAUCGAGAAAAGGAUAGCAGAAUAUACCUUUAUUCCAAUAGAGCAUGGAGAGGGGCUUCAAGUUCUGCAUUAUGAAGUUGGACAAAAGUAUGAACCCCACUUUGACUAUUUCGUUGAUGAAUAUAACGCUAGGAAUGGGGGUCAGAGGAUAGCUACUCUUCUGAUGUAUUUAUCAGAUGUUGAAGAAGGUGGGGAGACAAUUUUUCCCGAUGCCAAAAUGAGCAGCAGAUCAUUACCAUGGUACAAUGAGUUAUCUAAAUGCGGAGAGAAAGGUCUUUCUAUUAAGCCAAAGAUGGGAGAUGCAUUGCUUUUCUGGAGCAUGAAACCUGAUGCUUCUUUAGACCCUUUAAGUUUACAUGGUGGAUGCCCUGUGAUAAAGGGAAAUAAGUGGUCUUGUACAAAGUGGAUGCAUGUCCAUGAGUACAAAGUUUAAUUUAAAGAUAUGCCUUUUGAAACUGAGCGGUGACCAAUGUUUCAAUAUGUUUCCUUCAUCCUGGACUCUUUAUUGUUGGAAAUCUGGUGCUGAUUACCAUUCAAAUCGUCUACAUUACCAAUGAUUCAAUGACAAUUUGUCAGCUCCACACAGCCAACUCCGACUAAAACAUUCUUCGGUUGUACGAGCAGCCAGCAGCAGUGUUCAUACACUAAGCAUAGAAUAAGCAGCUCUCUUUCUACUUACAAUUAACAUCCAGUCUGGUAGUUUUGUUAACGUAGUUAUGAAAUUUGCAAUCCAUCUGUAAAAUGAACUCAUUUUGCUUGAGCAUUUACGAUUGUGAUGUGUUAUUGUAAUUUUCUUCGAAAACAUAGUUGAAGUGGUUCUCUUUCAGCGAAUGGCUGUAUCUACUUGAUUUAUAUAUCGUUCUCAGUACAGUAGUGGGUGUUUAA